GCCGACGUCAACGCGCAGGGUGGAUUGCACGGCAACGCACUCCAGGCAGCUUCAUUUAGAGGCCACGAGCAGGUAGUUGAAGCGCUGCUCGACAAAGGCGCCAACGUCAACGCGCAGGGUGGACAGUACGGCAGCGCACUGUACGCAGGUUCAGAGGGAGGCCACGAGCAGAUGGUAAAGAUGCUGCUUAAUGCAGGUGCUUAUGAGCCCAAGGAAGACGAUUCUUUGUUGAGAUUAGAAUAG